AUGGCUGAUGUACCAGUACCACCAACAACCAAAAAGUCAAACAAAAUCAGAGACAUUGUUAGGCUUCAGCAGAUGCUUAAAAAGUGGAAGAAAGCUGCCACCGCCUCCUCCGGUACCCUUCCCAACUGCAAUGCCACCGCCACCACCACCACCACCACCACCAAAGCAACGACGACCACCAAAGGUCUGAACAAGUUCCUGAAGAAAACCUUAUCCUUUUCGGAUAUCAGCAACAGCAACAGCAGCAGCAGCUCUCCGUCGAGUCAGGAAGAUGUAGUACGAAAAGGAUACCUAGCUGUAUGGGUGGGAAGAGAAGAAGAUGAGAUGAAAAAGUUUGUAAUCCCAACAGAUUACUUGGCCCAUCAAGCUUUCAGUGUCUUAUUACGAGAAGCAGAAGAAGAGUUUGGAUUUCAGCAAGAGGGCAUCCUCAAGAUCCCCUGCGAUAUCUCUCUUUUUGAGAAAAUCUUGAAGAUGAUGUCCACUGACAACAAUAACAAGAAACAGCAACAACAUCCCACACUUAAAACUUCAUCCUCGACAUCCUCAUUCUUCUUGUAUGAUGAGCAAGAUGAGACGACAUCUUCAUCUUCUCCUUCUUCAGCUCAAGCUCAGCAGCUUAAGACGCCUCCAGCUCCAGCCACUACUCCCACCCACCACCUUCCCUUGUACUGUCGAUGACUUCAUUAAUUAUAUAGUUCACAUUCAUCU